AUGAUGGAAUUCAGGCGUUCGGAGCGGAAGUGCCAGCGGGUCGCGUGGUUGCGGAAGGAGUGUGAUAAUGCCUUUACUCGAUCCUCAGGCCUCAUUAUACAUAGUAGUAUUCACACUGGAGAGAAACCGUAUAUAUGUAAGGAAUGUGGAAAGGCCUUUACUCAAUCCUCAGGCCUCAGUAUACAUAGGAGAAUUCACACUGGAGAGAAACCAUAUAUAUGUAAGGAAUGUGGAAAGGCCUUUACUCAAUCCUCAGGCCUCAGUAUACAUAGGAGAAUUCACACUGGAGAGAAACCAUAUAUAUGUAAAGAAUGUGGGAAGGCCUUUGCUGAAGCCUCAACACUUCGUGUACAUAGGAGAAUUCACACUGGAGAGAAACCAUAUAUAUGUAAGGAAUGUGGAAAGGCCUUUACUCAAUCCUCAACACUUCGUGGACAUAGGAGAAUUCACACUGGAGUGAAACCAUGUAUAUGUAAGGAAUGUGGGAAGGCCUUUGCGAAAGCCUCAACUCUUAGUGAACAUAGGAGAAUUCACACUGGAGAGAAACCGUAUAUAUGUAAGGAAUGUGGAAAGGCCUUUGUUAGACCCUCAAAACUUAUUGUACAUAGGAGAAUUCAUACUGGAGAGAAACCGCAUAUAUGUAAGGAAUGUGGAAAGGCCUUUACUCAAUCCUCAGGCCUCACCUCAACACUUCAUCAACAUAGGAAAAUUCACACUGGAGAGAAACCAUAUAUAUGUAAGGAAUGUGGAAAGGCCUUUGUUAGACCCUCAAAACUUAUUGUACAUAGGAGAAUUCACACUGGAGAGAAACCGUAUACAUGUAAGGAAUGUGGAAAGGCCUUUACUCAAUCCUCAAGCCUCAGUAUACAUAGGAGAAUUCACACUGGAGAGAAACCGUAUAUAUGUAAGGAAUGUGGGAAGGCCUUUGCUGCAGCCUCAAAACUUCAUCAACAUAGGAAAAUUCACAUUGGAGAGAAACCAUAUAUUUGUAAGGAAUGUGGAAAGACCUUUCCUGGAUACUCAAGACUUACUGCACAUAUGAAAAUUCAUCUCAGAGAGAAACCUCAUUAG